CAAGAAGUCGAACAUCAAACAUCGGACAAUUUCAUCAGCUUAACCUAGUCAUUCGGUCGCUCUCUGAUCCAACAGCUUCGAACCAAUUCUUUAAGAUCCACCCUGAUAAUCAAUUGGCUUCCGGACGACCCCAUUGGUUCUCCGAGACCGACUUACCUCCUUUGCCGUGUUGGCCAUCAUCCCUUCCAUUGACACACAUCCUCUGGACGCGUUUUACGAAUCUCAUUACCAUGUUGACACCAACGAUCUUUUUGGCACCGUUCAUCAUCUUAUCAAUCUUUAUAACUCCCUCACUUUCACAAAAUACAACUCGCAACAUAAUUUAUCCCAAUGUCACCUCAACCACUCCAGUCACCGCCACGAACCAGACAAACACUGUUAGCGGUGCAAAUUCGUUACCUACGAACGCACCCACCACCAACGCUACCGUCAAUGGCACUCUCCCCAACACCCAUCCAAACGUCACCACAGCUACGACUCCUUUACAGAAAAUACCAGAUUCGACUGGUAUCAACAAUGUACCCGUUCCAGUCAUGAGUGGAGAACGAGCUAACGGUCGUUUCGGACCUGACGACGGUUAUAUUGCGGCAGUUGGACAAUUGAUCAUUCCUGUUUCUCUCAGCAUUGGAGUCAUGCUAUUCACAGUAUACAUGGUCGGAAUUGGCCUUUAAAACCUUUAUAGAUCAUCUUGCAUCUUCAUCGUCUUUUUUGUCUCACUAUUACGCCAACUCUUAUGUCCCUAUCUUUAUCGUCUACGUUGAAUUAUCUCCUAGCUAACAAUCAUCAUUGUUUGGGGGCCUUGGAAAGCUCCUUUUCCUAACGCAUCUCUUUUCUUCAUUCUUUAUGGUUUUGCUAUCUUGGAUUGAAGUUUUAUACACAUUUGUACUAUCUCAAUUUCAAAGUUCUUACUAUUUUGAGAUGUACAUCCUUAAACAUUGCAAUUUUCUUUUCUUUUGUCCUCUGAUUGAAUUCUUCUCCCCCUUAAGCACACAAUAAUUCGGCAGAUUUUGUUCGUUUCCAAUGGACUACUACUCAAACAAAACUUUUUUGGUCUUUAAUACAAAAUUGUUCUCAUGCGGAUCCUCAUUCUCAUUUUUUCCUUGUCUGAUCUCUCAAGAAUGACCUAUUUGAAAUCUUCAUGCUUUGUACGCCACACGUCGCCAAGCGUUGAUGGUC